AUGGAGGACUUCAAGUAUUUUACGGAGUUUUUAGUAGAAUGGAUAAAAGUGAAAAAAUACAAGACCUCAGGGGAUUAUGAUAAAAUAUGGAAUGACUUGGAGCAAAUAUUUGAGGAUGCCAUGAAGAAUGUGUACAGUGGUUUGACGUUAAUUGCCCAACUGUGUAGUGAAGAAGUGGAUGACGAGGAGAAAAAGCAUUUCAGCUCCGAAGACAAGGAAUUAUGUAAAACAAUGGUAAAAGUAUUAUUAUACAUUAAUGGAAUAAGAAUAGCAGGGUAUCAUAAUAUACAAGGAAUAGAAAGUAAGGAAGGGCACGCACAGAUUGAUUCCUAUUUUAGAUGUAUAGUUGGUCGAAUAAUUUUAAUAAAAUGGUUAGGAGGUCACUGUAGUAGAAAGAAAGUUUCAGGAACUGUGUUAGAAGCAACAAAGGCUUUCGAAGCUUUCAGUAAAGUGCAGGAUGUCCACAAAAUAUGUGAAGGAUUAGAUUUUAUGAAUAUGAGUAUUGGGGGAAAAUUCCUUUGGAAGCAAAUAGAACAAUGGGCAGAGCAAAAGAAACAAGAUGGGAAAAGUACUUAUGUGAAAGCGGGUAUAGUUAAUCUGGAGACCAGGAAAACGCAAGGGGCGAAAUGUAGCACACCGAAGAAGGGGCAAGUGUCCAUGUCCCCCAAUACAGUGGAGAAUGAGGAAAAUUUGAGAAAAGUAUUUGGCGUUAGUAAAGAGGAGUUAGACCAAUUAGUUAAGGAUGGAGAUAAGUGGGAUAACAAGGAUUUGGAGGAUACAUUAAAAAUGAUAGAGGAAGAAAAAAAGGGGGGAAGUGCAGAUUGGGAGAAAAAUGUAUACCAAGUGGUACAGAAAAAUUUGAAGGAACUGUUUGAAAAAAAUAUGCGAGAAAAGGAAAAAAGGGAUCAGCAAGCUUUGGUGGGUGUUGCUAGAAGCGACCUUACCACAGGCGAGGGCACUCCACCACCCCAGCUCCAAGCAUCAUCACCGGUAACCACCCCUGCAAAGCAAGAAGAUACUCCUCAAGCACCAUCUGAUCCAUGCUCCUCUGGAUCGAGUCAGGAAAUAGAACAAAAGAGAGAACAGAUGAGGACACAACUGAAUAGUGCAUGGGAGGAACAAAAGCAGAAAGUGUGGACGUCGAAUGGACAAUUAGACCAGGGUGAUAUAAAGAAAAAAAUGGAAGGUGAUGUGAAUAGGAUGUUAAAAGAACUUAAGGGUUAUAUGAAUAUGGGCGACGGGAAACCGACGUCAAUACCACAAAUAUGUGGAAGUUUAGAGCACAAAACGGAUAAUAACAUAACGAAUCAAAUGAAGAAAAUAUGCAAAAGAUUGGUAAGAGUAAUCUAUUGGAUGGAAGGAAGAAGCCAAGAUGGAAAAAGUUGGAAAGGGAAAAAUGGGAAGGGGCAACCAUGGGAGUCGUACCUAAAGUGUAUAAUAGGUAAUAGAGUUAUAUUAAGAAUUUUAGGGAAUAAGUGUGGAGCUCAGGAAAUUAUGAAGGUUAUCUCCAAUUCUAUGGAGGGGACAGCGAAUAAGUUCCCACCGAAGUCAUGGGGAAUGGAUUGUAACUGGGUUAAGGAAGAAGAUAUAAAAGAUAAGGAAGACUUAAUAGGGGGAACGUUGGACACAUGGUUGCAGCAGGAAAGGAAACCCACAGAUGGUAUUACAGAGUUAGAGCAGGUAAUGCAAUGGAUGGAGUGUAAAGAUAAAGAGAAGGAAAAAGAAGAACAGGGACAAAAUGGAGAUUGCAAGAAUGGAAGAAUUGUAGACUUAUUGAAAUUAGGACGAUCAAAGGAAUUACGGAAAUUAGUCAAUAUAGACCCUCCAGCUGCGAAAACGGUACCAUCAGGGGAUCCUGCGAAGUCCGCACCUACCCCAGAGAAACCAGCACAUGUACCAGCACCUGAAGGUAGGAGGGAACAUUCGGCAGGAGAUGAUGGUCUUCCACCAGUACCACAUCCACCAACAUCUUCCGAUGCAAGUCCAGCAAAAUCCGCACCAGCACCGAAAAAAGCAGGUAAGUCUGCAACUGCAAAGUGUGAGGAUGGAGUAGUGGAAGGGGGGAUGGAUGCUGCUCUUGCAUGUCUUCCAUCUAUUGAUGGUUCCGGUGAUUUGCCUGCAAAACCAUCCGACAUUGAUCCCGAUGAAGCCCAGAAGGGGGAAGGUCUUAAAGGUGCCGUAGGUAGUAAGGCAGCUGUUGUUAACGUAGCUGAAGGUACAACUCAACUAUCUUCCGAACCUACCACUCCUACAGAUCCAGGUGCAGCAACAGAUCCUAGCCAUCAAACUCCAAGCACAGGAACAGACACUCAAACUCCCUCAGGUUCCGCAACCGAGGUGGAGGAGGUGGCGGCACUCAUAACCCAGGUUCUUCUGGUACCGGUUCUACAGGAACGUGGAAUCCAGGUUCUUCUGGUACCGGUUCUACAGGAACGUGGAAUCCAGGUUCUUCUGGUACCGGUUCCACUAGCAUUCCACAACAAGGUGGUAAGAAACCACAGGGGCCACCUCCUCCAGGCAAACCUCAAGGACCACCACAACAAGGUGGUAACCAAUCCCAAGAUCCAGCAGCAGCAGCAGCAACACCAAGAUUAG